UUAGUGGACCGAGCGCUGAGCAACAGCGCGCCCACGUUCCCCCACCACCUGCCGAUAAACUGAUAGUGGACCCUCACCGCCCCUCGUAGUGCGGCAGAAUCCCAAAUUUUUUCUUCACCCACGCUUCGCUUCCCCAGCCGCCGAGCUUUUGCGUACCGAUUGACAACCAAUCUGCAACAAUCGACACAAUGGCUCCCGAACUAAGGAAACGAAAGUCUAUCCCCGAGGUCCAAAAGGCCAACGGCGCCGCCAAGGCUGAGAAGCCUGCGCCGAAGCCCGCGCCCAAGGGAAAGCGUAAAGCCCCCGAGGAUGCGUUGCCUACGUCGCCUGUGUCGCUGAAGAAGCAAAAGUCUGUCAAGAAGACUGCCGCCGAAGCAAAGCCCGCGAAGAAGCCGGCGCCGAAGGCCAAGAAGGCCAAGCAGCCCAAGCCUGUCGAGGAAGUUGUCGAGGAGGAUACCACGAUCGAGGUUCCCGAUGUGUCCGACUCGGAGGAGGAUGGGGGCAAGGAGGUCCAGGCUCUCGUGACCGCGCUGGAUUCAGACGACGAGGAUAUGACUGAGGGCGACAAUCUCUUCAAGGAGGGACAGGAUGUCGGCAAGAUCCCCAAGGUAUCCAAGGACGUCGAGCAGGCUGCGAAGGGCUCCGAUAACACCGGUGUCCUCUACAUUGGCCGCAUUCCCCACGGUUUCUACGAGCACGAGAUGCGACAGUACUUCGAGCAGUUCGGCACCAUCAACAAGCUGCGACUGUCGCGAAACAAGAAGACUGGCGCCAGCAAGCACUUUGCCUUUGUCGAGUUCGCCGAGGCCACCACCGCAGAGAUUGUCGCCAAGACCAUGAACAACUACCUUUUGUUCGGACACAUCCUCAAGUGCCGAAUCCUUCCUAAGGAGCAGGUGCACGAGGAGCUGUUCAAGGGUGCCAACCGACGAUUCAAGGCGGUCCCCUGGAACAAGAUGGCCGGCAAGCAGCUUCAGAAGCCUCUCACAGAGUCCGCCUGGGCAGACAAGGUCACCAAGGUGCAGAGCAAGCGAGCCAAGAAGGCUGCGAAGCUCAAGGAGAUUGGCUACGAGUUCGAGGCCCCCGAGAUGAAGGCGGUGCCCGCGCCCGCACCCAUUGAAGAGAAGGAGGCCGAGGUCAAGGCCAUCGAGGCUGCAUCUGUGGAGGAGGAGGAGGUCAAGAAGGUCGAGGAGCCUGUCGAGGCUGUUGAAGAGGCCGUUGAGGAGACCAAGCCAGAGGCUGAGGAGGAGCCCGAGGUUGAGGUCAAGCCCAAGAAGGCUGCUCCCAAGGCCAAGGCCGCCGCAAAGGGCAAGGCAGCGAAAGGAAGGGGCCGCAAAGCCAAGGCUUAGGGUGCUUUAAUGUUCUAGGAGUCUACAGCGAUCUAGGGAUACGGAAAAGUCCAUAAUGAAAGUUGGGCGUUUAUUUUUCACGAGAACCGGACAAAAUUUUCCCCAUUGUGAGGUUGUAUGUACGCACAUAAGCGAACCCAUAGCACCCAUAGAAAAUUGAGCAAGCAACAGGAUUAUGAAAGGCGUUAAAUGUUCUACUUCGCGGGUCAUGCUGAAAAAGCCAUGGAGAGCAUGGUCCCGUUCAAUUAUAAGACGUGCGAAG